AUGAACAUGAAGGCAGAGAGAGCAAAGAGGGACAACAAGGUUGUUGUAGAGAUGAGUGAAGGAUGGAUGAAUACUUGGGUUUAUGCCCUUGGCCUCUCUAUCCUCGUGUUUCUCGUGUGGGACUGGUUCACACCUCACCUCAUCCAGCAUGCUAGCAGCGAAUCGGAUCCGCUAUACCAGAAGAGCGUUGCGUUCAUGACAAACGAUCGGUUUGAGUUUGUCAAGAACCUCGUUCUCAGUCACCCUAUCAUUUCAAACGAGACGGAGUUCUUGCAGAUUUCAGGGCUCAACUCUCGCGUUCAGACAUGGGCCAAGGGGAACAGAGCUGGGUUCAGAAAGCUGUGCUACUCCUCGGACCUCCGCUUUCUCUGUGCGGACUUCCUGCAGAAGGAGAAGAUUGACGAGACCAACGCGUUUGUCUUGAAGGUGUUCAUCGGCAUGCCCAACGACUACAACAUGAGCGCCAGCUACUUCAGCUCCUCGAUGUCGCUGCAGGGAACCGAGGACGAGGCUCCCCUCGAAGACAAGCACAACACCUGGGUCCCGUAUGCGCACAGCAUUCUUGACAUCGAGGUCCCGAAAGGAAUUAUUGGGGGGCAGUUGCAGUUGUUCGAGGACGGAGACAGGGACAACAGAGGGGAGAACUAUGCCAAGAUCAACGCAGUGGCGAUCGUAGAGGAGCCAAGACCCAACACCCUGCACAGGCUGCGGGGAGAUACGUACUUCAAAUGGACGGACUACUCGAUGGAGGGGAGUGAAGAAAGCGACGACAACCGACGGCGCAUCUCUCUCAUCUUCCAGCAAUACAAGAUCGCGAACGCAAGCUACGCGGAGGUGACGGAGCUGAAGUUGUGGGAGCACAAGGCCAGCUCUGAGAAGCCAGUGUACGCAUUCUCCAUCGUCUUGUGGUCCUUCAUGGGAGUUUUCCUGGGGUAA